AGUUAUGUACUUUCGCAAUAAGACAGGAAGCAAACGCUCAUCAAUCGGGGACGACACUGACAGGAGGAACCCGGCGAGGCUCCAUUGCUGAUCUUCGGAACGACGAAGCAAGCUCAGCUCCAGCUGAGAGGGGGAGCUUCCAGUGUUGUCGCUUUGUUUAUGGAUUCAUUGGAGUAUUAAGCGUCGAAGGAAGAGACGGUAUAUAUAUCACACAAUACGGACGUCAAAGCAGCUGUGUUUUUCUAAAUAUAUAUCCUAGGGAGGGAUUCUUGAAGUGGUGUGCGUGCCUAGGGUUUUCCUUCGGUUGGGCGUUUGAUGGAUUGUUAAUUCUCAGCCUGGAAGAUACUGGAGAGGUAGAGACAUGUCGAUGAAUAACAAUGACCCGAUGAGAAAUGUGUUAGGGGGACCAUCACCUUUCGGGAAUGCCGGGGCAACGCAACCGCAGCCGAUGUUCCAAAACCAUAACCAAUACCAUCUCCUCUCCCAGUCACAAUCUCACGCACGUGGUGGUGGGCCUCAAUUUCCCGGUCACUUUCAGCUGUCCGAGCCCCAAUCUCAGCUGCUCGUCUCUCAGUCCCAGUUCGCCCAGGCACAUACUCAUUCUCCGGCUGCUAACAUUAGAUUCCAAUCCCCUUCCCAUUUUCAGAACCCCAAUCCUAGUACCUUUGGUUUUAGUAAUUCCAAUGUUUCCUCACCAUCGGUUCCUACGCCAGGCACAGGGAGUAGCGCUAAGCGGGCUAACCAGAAACCACCAUCGCGGCCUGCAGCAUCAUCCAACCCUAGCAAUGUCUCACCGUUGAAAACCCUGGAGCUUACUCCUGCAGCAUCCAGGAAGAAGCGAAAGCUCCCUGAGAGGCAAAUACCAGAUAAGGUGGCCUCGCUGCUCCCGGAAUCUGCCCUUUACACUCAGUUGCUUGAAUUUGAGGAAAGAGUAGAUGCUAUCUUGGCGAGAAAGAAGAUUGAAAUUCAAGAUGCGGUCAAGAAUCCUCCCCGUGUUCAAAAGACCCUUCGGAUCUAUGUUUUCAACACAUUUGCAAACCAGACUGGAGUAACUGCAGAAAAGAAGGAUGCCGAGCCCCCUUCUUGGUCUUUGAAGAUAAUCGGCAGGAUACUUGAGGAUGGAAAAGAUCCUAUGGUGGGUGGAAUGAUGCAGAAACCAAGUACGCCGCAACACGGAUUUUCCUCUUUCUUCAAGAAAAUAACUAUCUACUUGGAUCAGAAUCUUUAUCCGGAUAAUCACGUAAUUUUGUGGGAGAGCAGCCGGGCGCCUGCUCUUCACGAGGGUUUUGAGGUUAGAAGAAGAGGGGAUAAGGAAUUCUCUGCAAUUAUAAGAUUAGAAAUGAAUUAUGUGCCUGAAAGGUUUAAGCUUUCACCUGCCCUGUCAGAAGUCCUAGAACUAGAAGUAGAUACUCGGCCGAGGAUUCUGGCAGCGAUAUGGUUCUACAUAAAGGCCAAGAAGCUGCAGAGCCCUAGUGACCCAUCCUUUUUUAUUUGCAAUCCUCCUCUGCAGAAAUUAUUUGGGGUAGAGAAGAUGAAGUUUGCCAUGGUCCCAGAAAUGAUAUCUCAAUUUUUGGCCCCUAUACAGCCUAUUCAUCUGGAGCAUACCAUCAAGCUUUCAGGAAAUUCUCCAGCUGGAACUACUUGUUAUGAUGUGCUAGUUGAUGCACCUCUUCCAUUAGGUAGGGAAAUGUCUGCAUAUUUGGCAAACACUGAAAGGCACAAGGAAAUAGAUGCUUGUGACGAACUGAUCUCUUCGUCCAUCAAGAAAAUCCAGGAGCACCGUAGGAGACGUGCUUUCUUUCUUGGGUUCAGUCAGUCACCAGCAGAGUUCAUCAAUGCGAUGAUUGCUUCUCAGAGUAGGGAUUUGAAGCUGGCUGCAGGAGAUGCUAAUCAUAAUGCAGACAAAGAACAGCGAUCUGAAUUCUAUGAUCAACCCUGGGUGGAAGACGCCGUCAUCCGUUACCUGAAUCGCAAGUCUGCUGGGAAUGAGGGUCCAGGAGGGAGCUGAGGGUGAUUUUCAAAGGCAUUUGGGGGGAGUCAUAUCAUCAUCAGCACCAUACAUUGUUUAUACCUCUAAUUUGUGGUUGGUAGGUUCAGGUCAUUGAACGGGGCAGGUCUUGGAGAAGGCUUCAGUUUUUUAUGCUUUAUUAGUUUUGACAGACGGGACAGGACAGGUUGUUAGCUGAUAGAGGUUUCAGCUGAAGGGGAUUUUAUUCGUGCGAUGACAUCUUAUGAUGGGCUAACAGGCUGAGAAUGUGGAAUGCUAGUGUAGUCGGUCUUCAAUAUUCUUUAUUUAUUGAAUUUUUUUGAUGGGCCAAAACCAAAAGAUUAUUGUCUAUGCAAUAUAUUGAUAGCGAAUCCUUGUUCUGCUCUGCUC